AUGAAUAACUCAACAGUGAACUUCACCACAUCUGAAACAUCUAACUCCACAACUUCUUACACCAUAUUAAUAGACAGUCUGAACAUUUUUAUGUACUGCAUCGGUUUCAUAUUUGGAUUUCCGACACACUCCUAUGUUUUAUGGCUGAUCGUCACAGGAUCAAGUGGAGUUGCUGCAUCAUUCUUCAACAUUAAUCUCGCUUUUUGUGAGAUUGGGAUCUGUUUGAAUUGUUUAGUAUAUGCAAUAUCAUAUUGCUUUUUCAGUUUUUCAAAUGUAAAACAAUUUUUUGUAGGACUUACCAUCACCGGUCGUCCUUUGUUUCAAUGUCUGAUCUGCGUGGAACGUUAUUUAGCAGUGGUUCAUCCUGUAACCUUUCUGAAGUACAAACCUCUCAGAUAUAGAGUGAUCUGCUGUGCUCCAGCCUGGAUAAUCAUUCUCGGCUCAUGCUUGAUCUGCAUGUAUACUUUGAAUGAAAAGGGCAGGUAUUUAUAUACAUGGUUCUUCUCUACCCAGUUCCUCAUCUUCCUCUCCAUCCAGUUGUUUUGUCUCGUGGCUGUUCUCAGAGCUUUGAAGCAGUCAGGACCAGGAGAGAGAAAGAAAGAGGAAAACCACAUGAAGAGAAGAGCGUUUCAUCUUAUUCUAAUAACCACAGCAAGCAUGGCCAUCAUAUAUGGCCCAUUUACAAUCAUAGGUUUUGUUACCAUCGUGGUAAAUGAGCUUAUUGAUCCACUUUGGUUUGCUGGUUUCACUUGCUAUGUGCUGGCUGGUUUUGUGCACCCUUUUCUUUAUUUGCUCAGCACUGGGAAGAUUUCCUGUCUCAGUUUGCCUAAAUAUGUCUGUUAA